UGUGGUGUGUGCGCGUUUGUAUGUGUGUAGCGGAACAUGUACUGUGGCUGAUCGCAUUGUUAGACAAAAUCAGAAAAACUGUUUGCAAAAGUGGCAUACAACAUUAAAUAAGAAGCAAAAAAUAAAAAUGGUGCGUUGCGGAGUGGAGAAUUGUCCAAAUAACUCGCACAAUAAUAAGGAUGCAUCAUUCUUCUCUUUGCCAAAACACCAUGAAACGCUCUUGAAGUGGUUAGAAUUCGUAUCGAAUGUUAGGUUGGAUAAUUUCGCUAAGUUUCGAAUAUGUAAUCUGCAUUUUGAAGACACAUGUUUCCGGAAAAAAUAUCCUAGGCCACUAUUACUAAUGGGCAGUAUUCCAACAUUAAAAUCCUUCACAGGUCAUGCCAAUGAAAAAAUCAAUAAAUCGAAGCCGACAAAUGAAAGUUCAACUUCAUCGCCAACGGAUGCAGUCGAUUCAACUUCAUCGCCAACGGAUGCAGUCGAUUCAACUUCAUCGCCAACGGAUGCAGUCGAUUCAACUUCAUCGCCAACGGAUGCAGUCGACUCAACUUUAUCGCCAACAGAUGCAGCCGACACAAUUUCAUCGAUUGAUAUGAAUCAAGUUAUCACCGAUUCAAUCGAAAAAUCUGAAUCAUUAUAUGAUCAUGAAGAUAACUCAGAGGAAUCAAAAAGAGCUCGCUUUCAAAUUGACAUUGAUGUGCCGUCAACAUGUAAAGUAGUAGUUUAUGAAAAAAUACAGACGUGGGAACGACAUUUCACAUCGAUCAUUCGUAAUACUUUUCACUGUAAGAACGUUUGUAAAAAUCUUAUGGCGUUUAAUCGAGACUGUUGUCCGCAAAUUACAUUAUGUAGCGAUGAAACAACAACCGUAUUUUUAAAAAAUUUUAUGACAAUUCGCUGUCAUUGGGAAGCGAGAUUCAUGCGUCAAGAAUUAAAACAUUCCGAAAAGAGACCAAAUAAAGCAACACAAACCAAAAAAGAAAGAUUAAUUAUAAACGGAUUAUAAAUUAUUAUAAAUAUAUACAUAUACAUGUGUGUAUAUAUAUAAAUAUAAA